GGAUGUUGGUCAUCCCGCUGCUUGCAGCUUGACGCCUGGAGGUGAGAUGGCCGAGAAGUGUCUGAGGUUCCUGUGAAUCGGAGCGGCUCAGUGGACAGACCCGCAGGAACCCUCCGUUCUCCCGCCCCGGUCCGUUAGGCAUUUUCACGGUUUCAUUCUGGUUUUUUCAGGAGCGGAAAGGCGAACGGCUGCAUCACCGAUCCUGAGGUCCUGAGAUCGGACCUGGAGACCCGGUUCUGGCUGUAGUUCUGUGGUGAGGCAGCCCGGCUGCCCCUCUGCCUCCAGAUGAAUGAAGAGCCCUCCGGGACACAGAGACACGGCCGAUGCAGGGCAUGCAGGUGUUUCUGCAAACAUGAUGAAGAAGAAGAAUCCACACAAGAAGCAUAAGAGCAGUUUGGGCCCGCCCACCAAAGUUCUGUCCCAGCCGCGGCGCAACAUCGUCGGCUGCAGGAUCCAGCACAUCUGGAAGGAGGGCGGGGGGCACGUGGUGUGGAAGGGAACGGUGCUGGAUCAGGUUCCUGUGAACCCGUCGCUCUACCUGAUCAAGUACGACGGAUUCGACUGCGUUUACGGUCUGGAGCUCCAUAAGGAUGAGCGUGUUCAGGGCCUGGAAGUUCUUCCCGACAGACUCGCCAAGUCCCGCCUGACGGACGUCAGCCUGGCCGACGCCAUGAUCGGGAAGGCUGUGGAGCACAUGUUCGAGACGGAGGAGGGUCCGAAGGAGGAGUGGAGGGGGAUGGUUCUGGCCCGGGCCCCCAUCAUGACCACCUGGUUCUACAUCACCUACGAAAAGGACCCGGUUCUAUACAUGUACCAGCUGCUGGACGACUACAAGGAGGGAGACCUGCGCAUCAUGCCCGACUCCAACGACAGCGUCCCGGCGGAGAGGGAGCCCGGCGAGGUGGUGGACAGCUUGGUGGGCAAACAGGUGGAGUACGCCAAAGAGGACGGCGGCAAACGAACAGGCAUGGUCAUCCACCAGGUGGAGGCCAAGCCGUCCGUCUACUUCAUCAAGUUCGACGACGACUUCCUCAUUUACGUCUACGACCUGGUCAAGACUUCCUAAAGACAGCGCACGUCCCGACAGCGCCGCCUCGACGCAGCGGAAAAGAAAAAACUGCAGCUGACGUCGAUGCGUCUGAAGCAUUUAACCCAGCACACGUUCCUCCGACCAUCCCCGACACAAACGCUCAGAUUCUUCCCAACGGGAACGGGACGGUUUGAAGGCGGAGCCGCCUGAAGCCCUCAGGAGGAAACGAUCACGUCACCCAGGUUCAUCUUUAAUUGGUUGAUUGGUGUUAGACCGGAAUACCUUCCAGGAUCAUCAGACGGAUUCUUUUAAAUCAUUUGUUUUAAAUAUUAGUGAAGGCGUUCAGUUAGAUGGAAAAUCGUAAUUUUCCCACCCGAAUAGUUGGAUAAACCGAUUCGGUCGAUUGUAGCCGACUUCUAAAACAUCAAGAUCCUGGAGCAUUUCCGGAGAAAACGUUUGAAACUCCAGAGAGAAAAUGAGCAGAAAAAAUGUAGCUAGAGGCUGCCGAGGGGCGGAGCCUGAUUUAAAAAAAAAAUCCCUGAUCACUUAAAGAGAAGAAGAAGAAGCAGCACAGACUGGAUCCCCGACAUGAAGGAGGAGUUUUACUGUUUUUAACGCAGCUUUUACGAUCACCUCUAAUCAGGACAGAAAUAUGGAAGCCCAUUUCUACCAGAAACAAAACUGAAAAA